AUGUCGAGCGCCAGAAUACGUCGAGCUAAUUCGGCAAGGAUUCCCUCGUCCACCUAUAGUGGCCGCAAUCUACGAGUUUCAGAUGCAUUUUCGGAUAGCAUACGUACGUUGGCCAUCACAGCUCGACGCAAUUCGAGUCCCCUCUCACGAAAAUCCACCAAAAAGAUGAAGAAAAGCCGACUUGUUGCGAAGAAUGGCCUUUGCAAUGUAUUCAAUACUAAUGUGCCCAAGAAAGAUAGGCAAUACCUUAGGGAUAUUUUUACGACAAUGAUCGAUGUGAAAUGGAGAUACAUGUUGUUUAUUUUCGCACUCGUCUUCGUGUUGAGUUGGACGACAUUCGCUAGUAUUUACUACACGAUUGCGUUCCUCCAUGGUGAUCUAUCUCCUGAUUUUCGAUACCUCAAUCGAACUCAAUGCGUUGUGAACCUCGAUUCCAUUUACUCGUCAUUCCUGUUUGCUGUUGAAACGCAUCACACUAUUGGUUAUGGACAUAGGUACAUUACUACGGAAUGUCCUUUAGCUGGAUUGACUGUAUGUCUACAAGCAGUAUGCGGUCUUUUAAUACAGAGUUUUAUGGUUGGUUUGGUGUUUGCAAAAAUGGCAAGGCCAAAGAAGAGGGCGGAAACAAUUAUAUUCAGCGAAAAAGCCGUCAUCUGUCUACGAGACGGCCAAUUAUGCUUUCUUUGUCGAGUAGGCGAUAUGAGAAAUACGCAUUUAGUUGAGGCUCAUGUCAGAUUACAAUUUAUUUCGGAUCGAGAAACUGCAGAAGGAGAGAUUGAGCCACUGCACCAAUUUGAAAUGAAAGUGGGUCCUACAAUAACGGACGACGAUCGCCUCUUUCUGGUUUGGCCAACGACGUUAUGCCACGUAAUCAAUAAAGACUCACCAUUGUAUGAGUACACAGCCAAUUCUUUAUUAUCGGCACAAUUUGAAAUCAUCUGUCUUCUGGAGGGUAUACUGGUGACAUACCAGAGGAGUAACGGCUCUUACCAGAUUGACUACAAUCUCUUUAACAGCACAUAUGCGGUGAAAACUCCACACUGUAGCGCUAUGGAACAUUAUGCCCAGGACUGUAGCGUAAGUUUUUGGGAAUUUUAUUUGGCAGACUACAAAUUCCAAGGCCUUUUCUUUUUGACCUCACUGGGCUGA